AUGUGGUUCAGACCUGUCAUCAUCGAUAAUGGAAGUGGAAGAAUUAAAGCAGGGUUUGCUUCUGACGAGCGACCGCGAUUCAUUUGUCCAAAUGUCGUCGGCGAAGUCAAGCACAAGAAAUUUUUUUCUUUUUCAGAAUCGCAGCAAUGUUACGUGGGCAAUGAUGCCCUGGCUCACAGAGCGAUUCUGAAAUUGAGUUAUCCCAUUAAGCAUGGAGUAAUUUCGGACUGGAAUGGCAUGGAGAAAGUUUGGAGUUCUGUAAUUACCGGGCUUGGAGUAUCCCUCAAACAUCACCCUGUACUGUUGACAGAAGCUCCGCUAAACCCGAAAGCCAAAAGAGAGGAAGUUUGUGAGAGAUUCUUUGAAGGGUUCGAUUGCCCAGCCUUCUAUAUCGGAAUACAGGCUGUAAUGUCUUUAUAUUCUACUGGAAAGAUUACUGGUGUUGUCGUAGAGUCAGGCCAAGGGGUUUCAUGUUCAGUUCCGAUCUACCAAGGCUAUGCCAUCUGGCAUGCAAUCAAACGCUUGAAUUUGGCUGGUCAUGAGCUCACAGAAUACCUGUCAAAACUUCUGAGAGAAAGAGGCUAUUGCUUCAAAUCAUCUGCCGAGUAUGAGAUAGUUCGGGACAUGAAAGAAAAACAUUGCUUUGUUGCACUCGACUAUGAGGAAGCUCUGAACAAAGCCGCAAUGUCUGAUGAGCUGCACGUAUCUUAUGAGAUGCCAGAUGGUCAGAUUGUCCUAAUAGGGAGCGAGAGAUUUCGAUGUCUCGAAGCACUUUUCCGUCCCUCGCUCCUUGGUUUGGAGGAUGUCGGAAUCCACUGGAUGGUGUACAACAGCAUCAUGAAAAGCGAUCUAGACAUCCGUAAAGACCUGUACGCAAAUAUCGUAUUAUCUGGAGGAACUACAAUGCAUGAGGGCUUUCAAGAAAGGUUGCAGGCAGAGGUUGUUGCCUUGGCUCCACGCACGGUGAAGGUCAGAGUCAUUGCAAAACCUGAGGUGUGGACCUUUGGUUCUGUACUCUAG